AUGAAGAGAUUAGAUGGUCCAAGAAGAGCCCAUAGAUGGAAACUCUCUGUGAAAUCUCUCCUUUGUUCAAUCUGCAAUGUGAGGGUGGCGAGAUCAAGAAAAAGCCUGAAAUGGCAAAACAUGGAUAGAGAUAUAUUGGUCAAGAUUUUCGAGAAGCUCAACGUAAUAGAUAUUACCAUGGGAGCAUCACGUGUGUGCAUCUCUUGCUUCCUUGCCUCUCACGAAAAAUCUCUUUGGAAAACCAUCAACCUCGCAAAUCUCCAACGUGUGAACUUCAGCCAUCCACAAUUACCAAACUCCCGGGCCGAAGAUGAAAAGGUAAACGAACAUGUGUGCCUUUAUAAUAUGAUUUUGAUUGAAAGCACCAAAUUCAGCAGCACUGUCCCCAUCAACUUAUUCUUCAACUAUGAUAAUUACUUAAAGGAUGAGGAUCUCAUCAUCGCUGCGCAGAGAAAGCUUGCCUUACCACGAUGGAGUCAUAUAAGUGAGAAUUCAUAUCAGUUAGCAUUCAGGCAGUGGAAGAAUCUCCAAACCCUAAUCAUUGAUCAGCGUCACUUAUCAUUAACCUGGAGACACACGAUUCAAUCUUGCGGAGAGAACUGUAUAAACCUCACCAACUUGAAAAUUAUGGGUUGCCUUAACAAAGUUGAAGUUGAGGAAAUCGUUCGUUGCUUUACAAACCUCAAGAAGCUGAGUUUGCGUUUUUGCGACAUCAUUGAUAUUGGUAGAGUUUUGCCUCUCAUCACAAGCCUCAAAAACCUAACGAUCCUUAACCUCUCACAUUGUAGAUUUCUAGGUGAUGGAUGUGGCUAUUCAAUUUGUAAACGUGAACCUGAAAACCUUCUUAACGAGAUUGCCGGAUAUAAGUGUGAGACGUUGAUCAUAUUGUGUUUAGAUGGCGAUUGCAAGGUCUGCGAAAAUACACAUGGCAUUGCCACCAGAGUACACACUUUUUUCGAGAAGAAUUGGCGGAUCGAUGAGAUAGAUGAAUUUAAAUUCUGA